AUGCGAAAACAUCUAGAGGAAAUUCCGGCAGUGGUUGCCGUAUUCUACGACCUUGACUGGGACGAACGACAAUGGGAUGAAAAAUCGACCGAAUGCGCUCAGCGCCUUGAAACAGUUCGAUUAGAAGGAGAAUUUCAUGACAUGGCUUCAAACUAUUACCACGCCCGUGCGAAGAACGUGAAAAGUCACAAAGAUACAUUGAAUAAGGCGAGUCAUCAGCUUUUGUUUGUGCGUCAUGAAUUUAAAAUAGCGUUCUUUGGAGAGCUGAAGAAGGAUCCAGCAUUGGCGCUGAAACACUACCAGCAAGCGUAUGCGCACUUGUUGGAACAGCGCAUGAUUGAUAUUCACAUGUUGGAGAUGAAGACGAUAGCUGGUUUCAUCAAUUACAAGAUUUGUCGCCUCGCUUUUCAAAGCAAGGCAUCUGACGCCAUUUCUCAAUUCCGACGUCACAUUGAAUUUUUCUCAAAUCUCGUCGGAAUGCCUCAGGUUGCAUUUGAGCAUGAGGCUUGGAUGUCUAAGCAGUUUGAAAUUCUAGGUGAUUUAUUCCAGGAAGCUAUUCAACUCAGCCUGAGUGCUCUGAUGACCCAACACCCUGGUUUGUAUUAUCAAGAGGCAGCUAGACAUGCAAUGGCACGUCGCCAGUUGUGUCAAGUAUUGUGUACUCAAGCAGCUUCUGUCCCGGUAGAUGGAACAAUUGGACCGUUAGCAGCCAUAGGUGACUCUCCGGCUGCCGUCUCUGGCUCAUUGGGCGGUUCGGAGCCCUCUUCUGUCCCGGAAACUUCGCGGAUUUCUCCUACAGGAACGGGUAUGGAGUUACAACGUGGCAAGAAGUCGAAUAUAAAUACUGCGGUCGAGUUCGUUCGCGCGCAGUCUCCACUGCGAUUCACUCGCCGAUCACCUAGUACCCCUGCCAGUCCAGUUACUCGGUCACCUCCAAAUGCCGGUCAGAUAGAUGCAUCUGCCAACAGUGGAAUCUCAGCCACAGAAAAAGUGGACGGUCUGGAAUUCUACGGUCAACGACUAUGGCGUCAAGGUAUCCAAAGCAUGGAACCUCCAAACGCAGCGAAAGAACGAGAGGGAAUUUUGGCUCUUCAAAAAGCAGAGCUGUCUGUUGAUCAUUCAGCCAUUAUUAUUCUGUUGCUGGAACAGACACAUUUGCAGUACAAGCGCUAUAAAGCGGAGCGAAUGAAGCUUUAUCCUUGUGUGCUUAUGGGUUCCGAGUAUUAUCGUAAAGGAAAUUACGCCAAGGCUCUCAGCUGUUAUGCAAGCGUUCUUGGUGACUACCGGCGUGAUCAUUGGCACGAAAUCUACACGUAUGUGCUGCGACACAUCCUAAAGUGUGCUUACGUCACCGUGCAGCUAAACACAUUUCUCUCCGCCGCAAUGGAACUGAUCGGUCCAACAUGUUAUCGAUUGCUUCAUUCAAACUCCCAGUGUGAGAAUAGUCGUGAUCCGCGGGCGUAUCCGCUUGUGACACGCACUCCGUUCGCGAGUCACAGUAGACCACCACCGCAUGCAUUAAAUAUCUUAAGUCAACGAUCUUUCGGCACUCUUCGUCGACUGUUUACAAUCAGUCCACAACUAUCAACUACCACACAACGGAAAGAUAGAACAUAUCGAUUGGAUACACAGGCGGAUCCGACUUCACGACAACAUCGGCAAUGCCCUUUCCCUGUGUCCAUCGAUCAUCGUACUGACUUGAAGUUUGCCACGAGAUAUAGGAAGAUCAAUUGGGAUCAGGAACAAGAUUCGAUCGAGGGCAUACCUUCUCCGUUCUCACAAUUGGAGACCAUGUGUUGUCUGCCGUUCGGGGUUUGGCUUCAGCGUACUAAAACCCCGCGAGCACACUCCACUCUUCAUUCCCCCACAUUGAUCCGCUUCUCGGCAUCAGAACAACCUGGUAAACUUAAAAGUUGUAUUGGAACUAUACGCACUCUGAAAUCUGUCGCCCAGAGCAGCAAUCCAGGCGACAAGUUCCGUUAUGCAUUUGUGGGCAGUCGACUGGAUUUAGACAAGCUUUGUCCUGAUCCUGAGGGACAUAAUCAGGGCUUAUUCUCUACCCAAUCGUUAGAGAGUUUGAUUUUCGAUAUGAUGGAGAAACGAGCCGAGCGCGGUGAUGAUCUAGAACCAGAUCGAUUUCAUGCCAGCGCGCGGGAACCCCCCGAGGCGCAACUGUUCAUAACGGAGCUUGGACAAAUGUCGAGCGAGACAAGAGAUUCGUGGACCAAUUGUCUUCAUCGUUCUCCGGCCUCUCUGUCUGCCCCGUCCGAAUCCGACCCGGUUCCGUCCGAAUCAAAUGUCGUAGAUGAGGAAUCCAAGUUACAUAGAAAGAAUAAAACUAGACAGACUGGUCUUGUUGAAUCGUGCAACGUCAUCCUCGAAGCCAAUCGGUUAAACGUGUGCAUUGAAUGCAAAGUUGCUUUCACGCAAGCGCAUUACACAGUUGACCAACCGGUCCAGUUGGCCGUAUUUUUGAAGUCCCAUGCUCCGCUUCCCAUGGAUGUGAGUCGCGUGAUAGUCGAGUUCACACACAGUAUCACAAAUCCGUUGGAAUCCGGAUCUGACCGGCCCUAUUCGCGAUCGACCACAAAACGAUCAGUCCAGUCGUGGACCCGGCCGUUCACUUUGGAUCCAACCGCCUCGUUUCAGAUGAUUUUGCUCUCCCUGGACUCGGAAACUCUGGGACAACAAAUCAAGGUUGAUACCAUUCAUGUGGCUUUGGCAUGCCCUCAGUCGGAAGUCGCUGAGGAUUUUGCCGCUCCAGACAAACCCCUAGUCACUCUUGUCUGGUAUUGGGCGUUGGCUGAUUGGCCCACCAUAACACAUCACCAUCAUCAUCAUGCUCAGCGUAUGACCUUGGAGACCGAGUCACAUAAACCAGCAAUUGCCGAUGGUACUCGGACGGACAGUUUUUAUCGUUCCAGUCUAUGGAAUGUCAAUUUGCCCGUGUCCAAACUGGAACAAACAAUUCAACCGGUGAAAUGGGAUCCAGCACAGAUGGGUAUAGAUAGUUCAAUGCACAGCUACCAUUUCCCGUCAAUUCCCUCGAGAUGGGAGCUGGUUGGGACACAGAUUCAAACUGAAAUUCAAGAUCACAAUUCAAAGUUGGACGUGACUUUGUUGCAUAUUCCACCGGUACUGACCAGGGAAACAUACACAGUUCGGUGCGAAGUGCUCAACAAUGAACCCAUGGAUGUCACUAACGUGACUUGUUUUGCACAAUUGCACGAACGUCCUCCCACCACUCCGGAAGGUGUGCUAGACUUAGACAUGCCAAUGCGUGAUACAAUAGGACAGCGAUCUCCAGAUCAUUUGGUGGUUGGAGAAUCAUCCACUCUACCGGAAGACGAUCCACACGCUUCCCCGACCAGUUCGGUAACCACCAGUACAAGUGGAACUGCCCAGUUGGAAAAUUUACGAUCUGGACAGCGUAUCACUUGUCCGAUUUCCAUCCGGUGUCUUCUUCCCGGUCCGAGAUCCCUUCGAGUUCAAUUAGCCUACCAGACCGCAUUGCCCAACCCGGUUGUGCCGGACUUUCUGAUUUAUAUCCCUGGUGAUGCACCCGCAAGCGAUAGUAGCCAGGCUACACCUGGCCAGUCGUCUAUAAUGGCUGUGGACGCGUGUCGUUUAGAGGCCACUCGUGAUCGUCUGAUUCGAAGCCAUUGCGUGAAAAGUUGGCAGAUCGACUUAGAUGUUCGGGAACCUUUCGGACUGACUUGCCAUACACUGUCACUGGAGACACCGAACGUUUCAUUUGCUGAUAAAGAACCAGACGAGCAGAUUGCCAACUUGCCUUUGUCGUCCGACGAUUGUGCCAGUGAAUGUCAAGUAUUAUUAAUCAGUCAAACCAAACCGGGAGAAGAGGUGGUCAAUUUGGGCAGCUAUGUCGUACAGUGGCGAAGAAUACAUUCCUCAAACGGUUCGGAUUUCGCUGACCAAACCGAAUCCCCGCUGGUCACAACCGUGUUUCCUUUGCUUUCCUGCUCCAUCUUGGAAUUGCCAGUUCGUGUACGAGUGGAUAUUCCCGCGUUUGGGACACUGCUCACUCCGAUGGAUGUCGUAUACGUGUUUGAAAAUCAGACUAUUUAUCCACAAUAUUUGAACUACGUGUUUCUUCCACUUCGCUCAGGAAAUGUAGUGCUACCUCGGCUCAGAGUCAGUUUGACACGGCUCGGUCAUACGGGGUCAGCUGAACAGCACACACUCAAACUGCACAUGGAAGAGAAGAUGCUUCGUCCCAUACCGGUGCAUCUGUUCGUCGCGCCAUCUGGAAAGAGUGCUGAUCCCCUCGCAUCCGAUGCUCCGCCUCGCACGGUCACCACUCGUGAUUAG